AUGUUGUUGGCAUCUGAUAAUGUGACCUCGUUUGUACCCUUCGCACAGCAGCAUCGGCCACUCCCACAACAAUCCUCUUCCGCCACAUGCCUGUAUCUACGUCAAGUCAAAGUGGGUCUGCUCGAUGUUCCCGACCCCCAAGAAGGAAAACAGGACGAGAAUCAACCAUUGGUCGUCAUGCCCUUGCCAUCGGAUCACUUGCCCAAUGAAUUGCGAGAUCUCAAUGUCUACGGGAUGGAACUCACUCGACCCGUCCACAAACUCAUUAUGGAAGAUGCCGUCGAACGAGCCUCCAGUGGAAUGAACAAUAAUAAUGGCGAUGACGACAAGCCAAUCUAUGGUCACGUGGCGUGGAAACCCCAGAAAGACUCGUGGGAAGGAGCCAUUGGAUGUGUUUCCGAAAUCAUAUUACAAGCCGAUGGUGGCAAUGUUGAUGCUUUACUCAUGGGAGGUGGCGUCGAUCAGGGAUCCAUGCUCGAGACAGCGGCGCAGCAAAAUGAGGAUGGAAAUGUCCCCAAAACAGUGGUCACAUCGGGAGGCUUUCGAUUUGUCGUCAGAAAAGUCAUUCAGGAAGUGCCCUUUCCCGUUGCCAUGGUUGAGGAAUUACCCGAUGAAGAUCCCUCUGAUGGUUCCAGCAUUGUCGCGGCAGAGACAGAGGAGGACGACGAAGAAGAGGAUGACGACGACGAGUAUUCCGACAUGGAUCCUCCCGAAAUGAUGAAAGAACUCUUUCGAUUACUACAAACCUACGUCGACAAAAACGUCCAAGAUGCCGCCAAUCAACAAAUGUCACCCCUCGAAGAGGCCAUUCUAGAAGGAGCCGCUGCCGCAACUGAUCCCAUUACAUUGGAAAAGGUUCGAUCGGAACAAGUGGCGGCCACCUUGAUUGCCUUUCGAGGGAGUAUUCUAGAUAUUGCACCCACACCCACAGAAGGAUACUUUUGCAUUGCAUUCAUGGCGGCGGAAAUUAUGGACUUGAAAAAUAGUAUCCGACGAAAACUAUUGACCAUGGUCGAUGGAACCGAACGAUUGCGAGUCGUAUUGCGACAAGUCAAGGAAGCCACUGGGAUGGCUCAAGCACGACGGAUGGCCAAGGAAAUUACCGACGCCAAUGACGAAAGCAGUCGAGAUCUUAAGGUCGGAACGCCAGAACUGCCGCCAUGGAGCCGUCAAAUAACCAAGGGAAUGAAGCUAGAGUACUAUUGGAAUGAAGAAUGGGAAUGGUGCGCAGCAGAGGUUAUUGACGAUCCCGUCAUGGUGGUCGAUGAACUGCUCGUAACCGUGCGAUUCGACGAUGGAGAGGUACACAAACUACCAUUCCAUCCAGAUGAAAAAGCUCGAUGGAGGCCUGCAUAG